ACGCGCGGGCGACCGACAGAGACGGAAGAGUCAAACAAGUAAACAUGGCGCCGUGUGACCCAUCAUAUCAUAUUUAGUGUAUUUUGUACACGCAGUAUCUGUAGAUUUAUCUCGUAUUAGUGGAAAAUCUUUUAGAUAAGUGCGUAACAGUCACGAAACUUUACAAUGAGUGAUAAUUCAAGCUAAUGUUACUAAGUGCCAACCUUAUAUUUUCGUAAUCUAGUGAGUUUUGUAGCUAUCCAGUCAAAAAUUUGUAAAUAUUGAGUGAUUGUGCUGGAAUAGUCGAUGCGCAUUGAAUGAUAUUGGUGCCAAUGGGUUUUACAUAAUGUAAACAUUGUGGUUUUGUAACGAUACGUGGGCGACUGUCGCUUCCUUCAAGAUAUCGUAAAAACUAGCUAUGGAAAACACUGACAGUUAUUUGCACAAAAAGUUCAAGAAACAGCUGAACAUCCACUCAAAACCCCAAAACGAUAAAGAGAACAAAGACGCCGUUCAGACAGAACAGAGCGAGGAAAAAUCGCAAAUUCACACGACACCGAAAGACACUAAAAACGAUGAAGAGAGCGUCAUCCCGUACCACCGACUAGACAAUAACAACAGUGUGCCAAACCAAAGUACAAAUAGCCCUUCAUUCUCGGUGAAUACCAACUACUCCAAGUCUUCCAUAUCAGUAGAAACACAAGUAGCGAACCAACAAUCUUCGAACUCUUACAUAUCAUAUGUAGUUUCGAACCAAUCAGACCAUCAACCAGCUAGUUUUGAUACUAAAUUUAGCGAACAGACCAACUAUACAGUGAGCUUGUCUUCCAUUUUAGAUAACGUUUAUCCAAGGCAGAGUUACUCCAGCGCGGAAGAUGCCUAUCCGCACUACAACAACCUCGGCGAGGACUAUCGCCCGAGGCUCAACAGCUCGGACGAUGUUUCCGAACCGAAGCCUGACGAAGUCCAGCGCCCUCCCGAUAAAAACUCCAGCGGGAAAUACGUGUGCCCCUACUGCAAUCUAGUGUGCUCCAAACCGAGCGUUCUGCAAAAGCACAUAAGGGCCCACACGAACGAGAGACCGUACCCUUGCAAGAGUUGUGGGUUCAGCUUCAAGACGCGCUCUAACCUCUACAAGCAUUGCAGGUCGAGGACCCACGCGAACAGGGUCAUGGGCAACAAAACUCAGGAAGGGGGCGCUGAGAGCGACGAUAAGUACACGAGGGACUCCCCGAACCACUCUGAGUCGAAAGAGGAGCAGGUCGCGUUGCAGAAGCCUUACAAACCGCGGUUCCACACGGGGAAGGCCUUCUACGACAACGUAUCCAAGGAAAACAUCGGCGACGAAAGUCAGAGUCCUGCUACCGAACUGCUGUCGAUGACCAUCAACGAGAUCAUAAGCAAAAACAACACCAUAGUCAACUCGAAACGUCUCUGCGAAGAACCCACUUCCAGCGAGUUCAGGUACAGCAAAGCAGAGCCUUAUGUCGAACCGAAACCAUCCGAGGAACCUCUCAACUUGACCAAUAAGAACCGGAAGCGGUCCCUGAGUGAGGUGACCGAGCCCUCGAUGCAGAAGAGCUUGAUCAAGGAGCUCCUGCUUAAAAACCUUUCCUCCGAUAUGCAGUGCCCCCACUGCAAGAUGAUAUUUCAGACCGUCACUGAGCUGGACGUCCACAAGUACCGCAGCUGUAAGGGCAAGCCCUCAAACGCCAAAUACACGCGCAGCAGCUCGGUGAACGUCGCCUCGAUUCUCACGCAGAACAAGAACGCUUUCGACAACAUCCCGCAGCUGCAGAACACGGUGUUUCCUCUGAACUCUCCGGGACCCUUUCUCGGCAACACGAGACUCAUCGAUGCCGACAAGAGCAAGUCGUUUUCUUUCGACGCCGGCAACUGUCCGCUAUUGAGCCCCAGCGAACCUUCGCCCAGCUACCUACUGUCACCUCUUCCCUUUGAUAGGGAAAAGAAGCCGGGGAUCAAGCUGUUCGGUGGGGAGGUCAAAGUGCACUCCUCCGGGGAGACGAAGAGCUUCAAGAUAGACAGCAAGGAGGACAAGUUCGAGUCCGAGUCGAAGUAUGCGGAGUUCGGGGGAAAAAUCAGUGAGAACAGGGUCGUCCAGUCGAGUUUGCAAUCUGGGGGGACGGUGCUCACCAACAAAACCAACUACAGCAAGCAGGACCUGAAGACCCCCCAGGAAGUGAUGAUGGUUUUCAGUACAGCUGCCUCGCCUAGCAUCGAGAACGGUAGCUGCUUCAAAAGAACCAGGUUCACAUUCGAUUCGUUGGAAACGAUAUCCGACAGCGGUCAGGAAGGAUUGAGAGAUCAACCAGAUACGCCGAAAUCGUACAAGGACGAACCCAGUCCCCUCUACAAAAACAUUAUGGAUUUCAGUCAAACUGCCCUGAGAAAACUGACUCCCAACCUGAGACAGCCUAACUUUAACCUAACUGUAAUGCCCGCACCAAGCAGUCCGAUGUACAACAACGUUUCCGGAGAGAGGUUAGAGAAUUUAAGGCUCGCCAGUCCGAAACCCAAAGUCAGCGACUUACCACGAAGCCCACUUCCCCUCGCUGACCCUGACAAAUACUUUGAAAACCGUAAACCAUUUUACGAACCAAAACCCACAACUCCGACAAACAUGUACAACCCCGUGAACCUGCUAGUCAACGGAAAGGUGGUGAGGCACGUGCCAGGGAUGCCGGGUCCUGUAGUAGCUCCCGAACCCCCCGUAGAUAUGGGGUACAGGAGUAACAUAGUUGCCGUGGUCAGGCCGAUGCAACAGAGUGUGGCCCCCUUGUCGCCCCUGGUGCUCGACAGAGUCUCGAAAGCUAGCAGCAAGGUUGUCGAGCGUGAGGCGUUUUUCUUGCAACCGGAAAAAGUACCUGAAAGGCCGUCGAGGUCUCCGAACAACUUUUCCCCCGCCGCUGAGAGAGUCAGGACCAGUAGCGCCCUGCUGCAGGUCAAGAAGGUGUUCGACUUUGAAACCGCGAAGGAGGGGCCAAAACCCGAAACCUCGGAAGUGAAACCCACUCCCCCUUCCUGUAUGAAACCCCCGGUAUCCGCCAUUGAGCCGAAGUCUUUGGAUAACAGACCUGAAGGCGAACUGAAGAAAUUUGCUCGUCCCAACAGCCUCGCGCUAAAACCGACCAUGGCCUCACUCAAGCAGCACCACGGCUUGACCCCAACUAUGUUCAACCAGAUCCUCAUAAGCCCCGAUACUCCGAGGGUGGCGAAGAAGUAUGCGGAACAUUUCUUGCAUGGAAACUACUUCAGUUACCUGGGCUUGAAAAGCUCCACGAAGCCGGUGUAUUGCACGCUGAAUAAGACGCAACCAUUUUACGUGCCUUAUUUCAAGAAGCUGAGCAUGUAUUCCGAGUGGAGGCAGCAGGAUACCAAGCAGGACAAGCUGUACGUUAUCAACUAUGAUUCGAGGCAGAAGAGUGGGAGGUAUACCGUGGCUGGAAAGAUAACGGCCAAUUUGGUAACACAUUCUAGUUAUAAGGUAGGGGGAGGUAUGUUUGCGACCAAUGUGGAAUAAGGUGUAAAAAACCGUCGAUGCUAAAGAAACACAUCAGAACUCAUUCCAAUGAUAGGCCUUACACUUGCAGUCAUUGCAA